UAAAAAAAUAUUCACACUGGCAACGCUUUGCGUAUUUUUAGAUUUCUGACUUUUCUUACUUGAUUUUGGGCUUUACCUAAUUACUUCACUGGUGGUACAAGUGGUAAUGUAGCUAUUUAAUUUUGUUUGUAGCCGCAAUAAUCGUAUAAUUGUGAGAUACCCUGAUAACCUUUGCCAUCGGCGAGACGUUCACGAGGUUGCCGCAAAAAAUUUGAUUCAAUAAUUUGGUGAUAACCCCUGUUGUCAGCGGCAAAAAUCGAUCAUUCUAACAGUGGACGUGAAGCGUACCGGACGCACAAGAACGGUAAUACCGGCUAUUCAACUUGGUGAACAAGCAUCCAAUACAGCACUAGAAGAAUGGCAUCCAUUACAAGAUUCGCACGUUUCGGCUUACAGCUCACCAAUGUGGCUACAAAAACACUGCGUGUGGCACCCACUCCACAAUGCCAACAUUGGCGUGCAUUUAAUGUAAGCAGUUUGCUGUUGGCAGAACGUCGCUACACGGAAAAGCACGAAUGGGUGUCUGUGGAGGGUACAACAGCCACUGUGGGCAUUUCAGAGUACGCACAAGACGCUCUGGGUGAUGUCGUCUUUGCACAACUGCCAGACCCUGGCACAGCUCUCGAGCAGAGCGAUGAGUGUGGCGCUUUGGAGAGUGUGAAGGCAGCCAGUGAGUUGUAUUCACCUGUGAGUGGUAAAGUAACAGAAAAAAAUGGCGAAGUCGAAGAGACACCUGGUUUAAUUAACAGCAGCUGCUACGACAAAGGCUGGCUCUUCAAGCUGACUGUGAGUAAUCCUGUCGAAAUUGAGAAAUUGAUGAGUGAGGAACAGUACAAAGAGUUCCUUAAAGCUGCUGAACAUUAGUUGUUCAAUUAUACGGAUCACGUGGUGUUUCAAGCCAGACAAUACCUUAACAUAAACGAUAAUAAUUUUUUAAUUUUGAUCGGUUAAGCGGGGUUAUAAUCACUGUAAUUUAUACGAAUUCAUAUUGUAAUAUAUUUAGUUUUAGCUUUAGUUUGUGUAUUGGUUGCUGUACGCAUAAAAUCACAUUUAUUUUAUUGUAAGCAUUUAUGCGUUUUGGGCGGGCAUAAUAAUAAAAAUAAGUAAAAAUGUUGAUUUUAAA